AUGAGCCUUACAGAAGUCGCGCCUACGCAGUUCGAGCUACUCCGAGUCAUACUGAGCGCCUUCCAUCUGCCUCCAGGAAUCUCCGCUUUGCACAUGCAAUCCGGCAUCCAGGUGUCUCUCCCCAAAUCAGAGGCAGGUGCUCCAACACAGUUCAAAGCGAUUGUAUCCGAUUGCACGAAUAAGAACCUGCUACUGAAGUCCUUCUACGACGCCAAAGUGCGCGGGAAGGUUUUCGAUAGGACCAAAUGUGUACUUUCCACACUGGCGGAUAAUGGAAUAUCACGCUGCGCAUUCACAAGCACCUUCGGCAUGAUGCAAGGGCAAUCCUGGCUGAACGACCAAACAGCACCUCAGUUCAAGGUCGAUGGCCUAAGCCGCGUCCCCUUCAUGCAUCAAGGCUACUUCUUCUCGCCAGGAUUCCUGAUCUGCAACCAUAUCUUCUGCCGCCAAGAAUAUGAAACACAGUUCGUGGCAAUCCUGAGCCUCGAUUUUCUAUGGGAGUACUUCAUUCGGGCACAGUUCCAUAAGAAAGGAUGGAUGAUUCAGCUUCCACCACCUCCCCUCGUCUAG